AUGUCCACCCCCCUUCCCUCUGCUGCCAAGCUAGAAGCUCAGGCUACUAAGGAUCAGGCAAGCUCUGUGCCACCGCGACCAGAAGAGAUCCGCCAUGGCACCGUGACAGAACCUGAUGUCCCGAACAAUUUCCGAGGAGGACGUGGUUGGUGGGCCUGUGAAAACUGCGAUUCAUCCAAGUACUUUAAUCGAAGGGUAAAGGAAUGGAUCUGUUCCAAUUGCCAAUAUCGCAACUUUACGGUUCCAAAGAACGAAUGUCCAGCAGAAAAGCUGCGACGAAAGGUGGUUCGGUCCCGCGAACUGCAGAAAGGGAAAUCAGCCGGAGGAUGGUUCUGGUAA